UGGCAACUCUUCAUAAUUCCUGGUGUUAAGAUCUGGUCACCAUUUCUCUGAACAUACUGCCAAAGAACACCAAUGCAGAUUUCAUGUUAAUUUGUAGCCAUUGCUGUAGACAUUUAUGGAAAUUAAAAUUUGAUUUAGGGACAUUUUUAACUUAAAUAUUUUUAAGCAAUAAAUGUUAGGAAAUUGUAGGAAGAGCUAAAAAUGAAAACAUAAUUAAAAUAUUAUUUAAACUCACAGAAACACUAAGAAGCAGAGUGUGCCACAUAAAUGCACAAAAUCUGUAAGCAAAAGCUGUUGUCUUUUCCUCAGGGGAGAGCCCAGCAAAUCUCAUGAAGAACCUUCCUACCAUAAUGAAUACGUUAUUGUAGCAACUUCAGUUAUCAGAUUUCCAAGCCCAGGCCAGAUUAGAUGAUACAGCCACGUGAGGGGCUGGAGUUGUUAGGCGGCAGGGGAAGUACACGGACUCACUGACAGAAGACUCCACAAGGAAUUUUUUUUACAUCUGUAGUAAUCAGGAGCUAAAUAAUGUAUGGGGAGAUUGCCUUGUACUAUAAAGCCCUAAGGUAAGGGUAUGUUUAUGUCACAACUUAGUGUAGUGUAAUAUGUGUUCAUAACAAUGACUGAAUAGAGAAUUAAUGUAUGCUAUUCUGCCAAACACGACCAGUAAGAAAUUUUUCAAAAAAAUUUAUCAAAACGAAAGAUGAUCAAAUUACCAGAGAAAUUCACAUUUGGAAGCUUCAGGAUGAUACUACAUAAAAGAGGUGAUAAUGAAAUCAGAAAAUUAAAAUUUUAUUGUGUUUUUUAAAUUUCUAAUAUGAUAGUACCAGUUUGAUUCUUGAGACUUCUAGAAUUUCAACCACGUAACUAUGAACAAGACAAUGAAAGAAAAGACCACGGAAGUAGUGCUUUUUACUUUCUCCUAGAUUGUGGAUGUGAAAUCGUUGGGAUAAUAAGUGGGAAAGUUGAAGUGGUGCUAAGAGCAAGACUGUGCUAUAAUAUGGUGUGGUUCCCAGUGCUGUUGGUGAGGACAACCUCAAGUCAGGGAAAAAGUAUCAUUUGUUUAGUACGUGUAUUUAAAAGUUCAGGUGCUUAAAGGGUGCAGAGACAAGGUGUGUACAAGAAAUGUGAAAUAAUUUAUUCUUGAAUACAUCUGAAUCAUGGUAACUGUAUUUAUUGCCCAAGCAAUAUCUGUUUAAUUACACGCAACCAAUUUGUAAUUGUGUAGCAGGAUUUUUAAGGUAUGUAUUUUCAUUCUUUUCAGAUUUCCUAAUUAGCAUCUUCGGCUGUGUUCCUCCUAGUAGCAGGUGGCAAUGAAAUAAUUUAUUUUUGGAUACCUGCAAGUAAUCUCAAGUACAAAUAGAAGGAGAGGGGAAGAGAGGAAAGAAGACAGAUCUUGUAAACCCCUAUUUUUGUCUAAGGCACUAAUGCCGGUGGCAGAGACCAAGAACGAGAAGCCCUAUCGCUGCCCUCCUGGAGAUCACACGUGUUACCGAGUGAACAUUGGGGAUGCCAAUUUGUAUUAAAAGUCUUUAAUAAAAUGGAUGUGACAGUGUGGGAAUUCCAAGACUGGGACAUAGAAAGUUACUGUGGCUUCCUUCUUAGUUCUUCCCUUGGAUUAUUCACUUCAGAGGAUACCAGCUGCCAUGUCGUACGGAGCCCUAGGGAGGGGCCCUCCACGCGCUAACAAGCACGGUUGCCACCCAGCAGCUGCGAUAGGAGAAAUCACUGACCUACUGGAGAUGACAGAAAAGAGAGAUGAACAGCGUCUCAUCCCUGAGUCACUGAAUUAACCAACCCACGACUUCGCUACAAUGAGACUUGUGUGAGAUAAUGAAACUGAGGCCCCUAGAAGUCUCAACAGAUGUCAUUAAAAGACCAUACUGAAAUUCCAUCGCAAAAUCAUGGAGACUGUCUUUAAUCUGGAACGUGUCUCUCCAGACCUUUUACUCUUGGAUUGCGUGGUAAUUCUAAGUACUACUUUGUAGUGUACGAAGAGCGCUGUGCGUUUUCUUAUUGGGCGUGUUAACGUUCUAGUAAGUGUCCGGUGAGGUUCGGAAUCAGAACUUCGAAUACCUAGAUCUUAUAUUUCCACAACUAGGAAAGUUGCAUUGCCAGGGUUAGCUCUUUCCUGGUAGUAUUUGGACAACUUUCAGCAAGGCGAAUAAAAGCCCGCAGCGCUGGGCCUGAAUUCCUGUUCCACUUUCUCCUCGUUAGGCAGUCACUUUGUGACUCAGUUCCCUUGCCCAUAAAACAAACUGACCAGUCGGAGCCCUGACUUUUUAGGGUUUAUAUGAAAUAAUCAAGGUGGACGAUUUAGCAUGGAGCUCGGCACCGGACAGCGCCUCUUAAACCAUGAUUAAUCAGUGCUGGGCUUGCUGGGAGCCCCACGGAACAUCCAGCAGGUCAAACAGCCCGAGGGCAAAAGCGGCGGCCCACCCAGCGGCUCAGACCCACAGAGGACACCCCCUUUCUCCCGCCGGGUUCGGUGCCCUGAGUCCGAAGGUCCCACCCCCGACGCUGACUCCGCCCCCAGAGGGCAGGAGUGGGUCGCCGUCUCCCGGGAAACGGGACGCGCAGCUGCUCUCCCGCCUGCCUCAGCCGGCGGGACUCGCAAGGCGAGCAACACCCUCAAGCCAAGUGGCGGCAGGUGGGGGCGAGCGGCUAAGCUGCUUGCAAUCGCCCGAGGAGGUGCGAGCCUCUCGCGACGCGUGCGGGAGGGAAGAGGUGUCCUCGCCCACCCCAGGCUGGGCAGGGGCGAGCGCUUGGAGCCGACCGGUCCCGCAUCCCCCUCGGACGUGCGGGAUGGCAGCCCGGGAGGCGAGCGGCUUCCCAGAAGUACAGGCCCUUCGCCUAACCCCGGGCGCUGGCCUGGAGGUGGCGGGCGUGAUGGAGCUGGAGGAGGAAGAGGACGAAGAGGAGGAGGAGGAGGCGGCGGCCAGAAGAGCGCGGAGCUUCGCCCGAGAGGAACGGGUGCGCUUUCUCGGCGACCGCCUGGAGCUGCUGCUGGGGCUCCCGGCAGAGAAAUGGAGCCAGUAUUUGGAGAGCGAGGACCACCGGCAGGUGCUGGGGGAGUUCCUGGAGAGCCCUAGCCCCGCCUGCCUUGUGUUCAGCGUCGCCGCCGCGGGGCCGCUCGCGGUCUCCCGGGAGAUUCCAAAAGAUGCAAAACAUAAACUUGUUUAUAUUGCCAAGAAGAUUACCGAAAACAUUGGAGUUAAUGAUUUUUCUCAAACGGUUUUAUUUGGAGAGUUGACUGCCUCAUCGUUUGGACAUGUCACUGCUUUCCUAGAUGAGAUUUUGGUGCCGAUUCUUUCUAAUAGGAACAACCAUAAGUCCUGGUCCUGUUUUAUUUCACAAGACAUGGAACGCCACAUAGAAGUCAUGAAAAGUAAAACGCACGUUUUUCGGGGCAAAAUGUUGAGAAGAACUCUUCUACCAAUUCCCACAAUAGCAGGAAAAAUGGACCUGGACCAGAAGUACUCUGAGACCAAUGUUUGUACGCUAGAGGUAAAUGAAAGGACACUACUCCAUGCGAUUGAGUCUGUGGUUAUUAAAUGGUCACAUCAAAUCCAAGAGAUUGUAGAGAAAGAUUCAGUGCAGCCUUUGCUGAACGGUCUUCACUCGAGUCCUCAAACUGAACUGGAUUUCUGGAUGAUGAGGAGAGAGAAUCUCUCAUGCGUUUAUGAUCAACUUCGAGCUCCUGUUGUCCUCAACAUGGUUAGGAUUCUGAAAAUUAAACGAAGCAGCUAUCUUCCCACUUUGAAGGACAUUUUCACGACCGUGAAAAAUGCGCUCCUGGAAGCCCAAGAUGUGGAGCUUUACCUGAGACCCCUGAGAAGACAUGUUCGGUGUCUCCAGGAGACGGAAUUCCCGCAGAUCCGUGUACUCAUCGCCCCAUUGUUUCAUACCAUCUGCCUCAUCUGGAGUCAUUCCAAGUUUUAUAAUACUCCUGCUCGGAUUAUAAUUUUAUUGCAAGAGUUUUGUAAUCUCUUCAUUGACCAGGCAAUAGCUUACCUCUCACCGGAAGACCUUUUGAAAGGAGAAGUGGAAGAGUCUUUGCAAAAGGUUCAAGUGGCCACUAACAUCUUACAGACUUUCAGAAAGUCUUUUUUCAACUAUAGAAAAGAAUUGGCAAGCUAUUUUAAGGGAAACAAGGAGAGAAAACCAUGGGAUUUCCAGUCUCAACUGGUGUUUUGUAGAUUGGACAAAUUUCUGGACCGGUUCAUGAAAAUAGAGGAUAUAUUUGUGACCAUAUUGGAAUUUGAAAAGCUGGAAAGACUUGAAUUUGGUGGUACCAAAGGAGCGAUUUUAAAUGGACAAAUCCACGAGAUGACGGAAGAAUUUUUGGAACUGCGUGAAGUUUUUAAACAGAGCACUUAUGACCCAUCUGAUUACAAUAAUACGGAAUUUGAAAGUGAUUAUGUUGUGUUUAAGACCAAAACUUUGGACUUUGACAGAAGGCUUGGAACGAUUCUUUGCGAAGGUUUCUUUAACUGCAACGGUUUAGAAGCUGCAUUUAAGCUGUUGACCAUAUUUGGGAAUUUUCUAGAGAAACCAGUUGUCAUGGAAAUUUUCAGCCCACAUUACAGCACACUACUGCACAUGUUUAACUCAGAGCUGGAUAUGUGUAAGCAGUUGUAUAACGAGCACAUGGAACACAUUGAACGUGGAAAUGUAGUUCUUCACAGGAAUAUGCCAUUUACCGCAGGCAACAUCAAAUGGGCUAAAGAGGUCUUUGAACGACUUCAGACAUUUCGGUUCAACUUUGCGUCUCUCCGGUAUUUAUUCUUGGAAAGUCCUGAUGAUGCCCUAGUUUACCAGAAGUAUAUUGAAAUGACUGCCCUGCUAGACCAAUUUGAAAAUCAUAUCUAUAAUGAAUGGAAAAGUAACGUGGAUGAAAUCUGUGAAUUCAAUUUGAAUCAACCCUUGAUUAAAUUCAACGCCAUAAAUGGACUUCUCAGUGUCAACUUUGACCCAAAGCUCACGGCUGUUUUGAGAGAGGUGAAAUACCUUUUGAUGCUGAAGAAAUCUGACAUACCGGAUUCAGCGUUAGCCAUCUUCAAAAAGAGAAACACUAUUUUAAAGUACGUCGGAAAUCUUGAGCUGCUUGUGCAAGGAUAUAAUAAGUUGAAGCAGACGCUCCUGGAGGUGGAGUACCCCCUGGUGGAGGAUGAGCUGAGGGCCCUAGAGGAGCACCUGCAGGCAGCCGCGACGUCGCUGACGUGGCAGGAUGACUGCUGGGGGUACAUCGAGAGGGUGCAGACAGCCGUGUCUGAGCUGGCACGCAGAGUGGAGCGCACGCAGAGCAACGUGACGGUGAUCCAGCAAACCAUGAAGGCUUGGGCGGAGUGUACGCUCCUUCCCAGGAGGGAGCCGAGAAGAGAGGCCGCCUUGACUUUGGAGGACACGGGCGAUCUGUUUACUAAAAAAUACAAGCUAAUUCAAGAAGAUGGCCGCAGGAUACAUAUCUUGGUGGAGGAAAACAGGAAGCUCUUCAAAGCCGACCCCUCUCUGGAUACCUGGAAGAUUUAUGUGGAAUUCAUUGACGACAUUGUAGUAGAAGGCUUUUUUCAAGCUAUCAUGCAUGACCUGGACUUCUUUCUGAUGAACACGGAGAAGCACCCGAAACCUGUGCCAUUUUUUCAGGCACAGAUGCUCUUAAUGCCCCCUGAGAUUCUUUUCAAACCUUCUUUAGAAAGAGAUGCCGGGGAUGGCUUCUAUGAUCUGGUGGAAGAAACGCUUUGCAGCAGUUGUAGGAUGUCUGCCCAGAUGGAGCGAGUGGCCGCACAUCUGGAAAUAGCAAAUUAUCAGAGUGACAUGGAGAAUAUGUUGGGCCUGGUAGAGGUCAGGCAGGAGAUAAUGAAGAGAGUGGCAGAUGUCAUCAGCAAAGUCUUGGACUUCAGAAAUACCCUGGACACAUAUGCUUACCUCUGGGUAGAUGACCGAGCUGAGUUCCUGAAGCAUUUUCUCCUGUACGGCCAGGCUGGGUCAUCUGAGGAGACGGAUGCUCAUGCGAAUGAAGAAGUCCCUGAACAACCACCGACUCUCGAACAAUUCAAAGAGCAGAUUGACAUUUAUGAAGCUUUGUAUGUUCAGAUGAGCAAGUUUGACGACUUCAGAGUGUUUGAUAGUUGGUUCAAGGUGGACAUGAAGCCUUUCAAAGUGAGCUUGCUCAACAUUAUCAAGAAAUGGAGCUGGAUGUUUCAGGAGCAUCUUUUGAGAUUUGUCAUAGACAGUCUGAAUGAGCUACAAGAAUUUAUAAAGGAGACAGAUGCUGGACUCCAGAGAGAUAUAAGUGAGGGUGAUCACGAUGGUUUAGCUGACAUCAUGGGGCAUCUUCUGGCAGUAAGAAGCCGACAGAGAACUACGGAUGAACUCUUCGAACCAUUAAAACAAACCAUCACACUCUUGGAAAACUAUGGCCAGAAGAUGCCUGAGCAAGUCUAUGUUCAGCUAGAGGAAUUACCUGAAAGAUGGGAAACUACCAAAAAGAUUGCAGUAACUGUCAGACAUGCAGUCUCACCUCUCCAAAACGUGGAAGUCACCCUCAUAAGGAAGAAGUGUCUUUCAUUCGAGCGGAAGCAGGCCGAGUUCAGAGAGAGAUUCAGACUCUAUGCUCCUCUCGGUUUUAAUGCAGAAAAUCCGUACACAGUGCUUGAUAAGGCAAAUCAAGAGCUUGAGGCAUUGGAAGAGGAGAUGUUACAGAUGCAAGAGUCUACCCACCUUUUUGAAGUGGCUCUUCCCGACUACAAGCCAAUGAAGCAGUGUCGCAAAGAAAUAAAAUUGCUCAAGGGCCUCUGGGAUGUCGUUACUUACAUUACGAGAAGCAUUGAUAAUUGGACUAAAACCCAGUGGAGACAGAUUAAUGUGGAACAGAUGGAUGUAGAACUCAGAAGGUUUGCCAAGGAAAUCUGGUCACUGGACAAGGAAGUCCGUGUGUGGGAUGCUUAUGCAGGCCUGGAAAGCACAGUGAAGGACAUGGCUGCCUCCCUGCGAGCUGUCAGGGAGUUACAGAGCCCUGCUCUCAGAGACCGGCAUUGGCAGCAGCUGAUGAAGGCCACUGGGGUCAGAUUUUCUAUCAGUGAAGCCACAGCUUUGGCAGAUUUGUUAGCUCUGCGGUUACACCAAGUGGAAGAUGAUGUCCGAAGCAUUGUGGACCAAGCAGUGAAGGAACUGGGGACUGAAAAGGCUAUUACUGAAAUCAGUCAGACCUGGGCAACCAUGGAGUUCUCGUAUGAAGUUCACUAUCGGACAGGCAUUCCAUUACUAAAAUCCGAUGAACAACUUUUUGAGACUCUAGAGCACAACCAAGUUCAGUUGCAGAGUCUGCUUCAGAGCAAGUAUGUGGAAUAUUUUAUUGAGCAAGUGUUAAGCUGGCAAAAUAAAUUAAACAUAGCAGACUUGGUCAUCUUCACUUGGAUGGAAGUCCAGCGAACUUGGUCUCACCUGGAAAGCAUCUUUGUUUGUUCAGAAGACAUUCGAAUCCAGCUUGUGAAAGAUGCUAGAAGAUUCGAUGGAGUAGAUGCUGAAUUUAAGGAGUUAAUGUUGAAGACAGCUAAAAUAAAGAACGUUCUAGAAGCAACAUGCAGACCUAAUCUCUACGAAAAACUUAAAGAUUUACAGUACAGGCUUUCUCUUUGUGAAAAAGCUCUCGCUGAGUACCUGGAGACCAAGCGCAUGGCUUUCCCGCGGUUCUAUUUCAUCUCUUCUGCAGACUUACUCGACAUUCUCUCAAAGGGAGCUCAACCUAAGCAGGUGACACGUCACCUUGCCAAACUCUUUGACAGCAUUGCAGAUCUGCAGUUCGAAGGAGGUCAGGAUGUGUCCACCCACAGAGCCAUCGGAAUGUACAGCAAAGAGAAGGAAUACGUCCCAUUCCAAGCCGAAUGUGAAUGCAUAGGCCAUGUGGAAACGUGGCUGCUGCGACUUGAAGAGACUAUGCAAGGAACAGUGCGACGUUCUAUCACAGAAGCCAUAGCAGCCUAUGAGGAAAAGCCUAGGGAACUGUGGAUCUUGGAUUUCCCGGCACAAGUUGCACUAACAGGCUCACAGAUCUGGUGGACGACGGAUGUAGUAAUAGCCUUCAGUAGACUGGAGGAAGGCUAUGAAACAGCCCUAAAGGAUUUCCAUAAAAAACAGAUUUCUCAGUUGAACACCCUGAUUGCGCUUUUACUGGGAGAACUUCUACCUGGAGAGAGGCAGAAGAUCAUGACAAUUUGUACCAUCGACGUCCAUGCCAGAGAUGUGGUGGCCAAACUUAUAUCUCAGAAGGUUGUCAGUCCCCAGGCCUUUGCUUGGCUGUCUCAACUUCGUCACCAGUGGGAGGACGUCCAGAAACACUGCUUUGUGAAUAUUUGUGAUGCCCAGUUCCAGUACUUCUAUGAAUAUUUAGGAAACAGUCCUCGGCUGGUGAUCACUCCUCUAACUGACAGAUUUGUAUUUCUUGGGGAAGCCAUCACGCUGAAGCCAUCAGUUGGAAUAUUUAUUACUAUGAACCCAGGAUAUGCUGGUCGAACCGAAUUACCGGAAAAUCUCAAAGCUCUUUUCAGGCCCUGUGCCAUGGUGGCCCCUGACAUUGAGCUAAUCUGUGAAAUCAUGUUAGUUGCUGAAGGGUUUGCAGAUGCUCGCUCAUUAGCCCGCAAGUUCGUUACGUUGUACACGCUCUGCAGGGGGCUCCUCUCCAAGCAGGAUCAUUAUGACUGGGGACUUCGAGCUAUUAAAUCUGUCUUGGUUGUAGCUGGCUCCCUGAAACGAGGAGAUAAAAAUAGACCCGAAGAUCAGGUACUCAUGAGAGCAUUAAGGGACUUCAAUUUGCCUAAAAUAGUGACAGACGACAUUCCCGUGUUUCUGGGCCUGGUUGGUGACCUCUUCCCAGCCCUGGAUGUACCCCGGAGGAGAGCGCCGCACUUGGAACAGAUGGUCCGGCAGUCCACCUGGGAGCUCCACCUGCAGCCUGAGGAGAGCUUCAUUCUUAAAGUGGUCCAACUUGAGGAGCUGUUGGCCGUGCGGCACUCUGUCUUUGUGGUCGGAAAUGCAGGCACGGGAAAGAGCAAGAUUUUGAGAACACUGAACCAAACAUAUGUUAACAUGAAACAAAAACCUACUUGGAAUGACUUAAACCCCAAAGCUGUGACAACAGAUGAACUCUUUGGUUUCAUACAUCAUGCUACUCGAGAAUGGAAAGAUGGUCUCUUCUCAUCCAUUCUGCGAGAACAAGCAAAUCUUAAGCAUGAUGGACCAAAAUGGAUCAUCCUGGAUGGAGAUAUUGAUCCCAUGUGGAUUGAGUCACUAAACACUGUCAUGGAUGACAACAAGGUGCUGACCUUGGCCAGCAAUGAGCGCGUAGCGCUUACCCCCUCCAUGAGGCUGCUGUUCGAGAUUCAUCACUUGCGGACUGCAACUCCCGCUACCGUUUCCAGAGCGGGUAUUCUGUAUGUGAACCCACAAGAUUUGGGCUGGAAUCCGUAUGUGGCCAGUUGGAUAGACAGAAGGCAGCAUCAAUCAGAAAAGGCCAAUUUAACUAUUCUUUUUGAUAAAUACGUUCCUGCAUGCUUGGAUAAGCUGAGAACAAGCUUUAAAACCAUCACUUCGAUUCCCGAGAACAGCCUGGUGCAGACUCUUUGUACCCUUCUGGAAUGCUUGUUGACUCCUGACAAUGUACCUUCUGACAGCCCAAAAGAAGUUUAUGAAGUCUACUUUGUCUUUGCUUGUAUCUGGGCCUUCGGAGGCACUCUGCUGCAAGAUCAGCUUUCUGGCUCUCAAGCUGAAUUCAGUCGGUGGUGGCACAAAGAGAUGAAAGCAGUGAAGUUCCCAUCCCAGGGGACAAUCUUUGAUUAUUAUCUGGACCACAAAACUAAGAAAUUCUUGCCUUGGUCGGAUAAAGUCCCCACAUUUACUAUGGAUCCAGAGGUACCUCUUCAGAGAGUUGUGGUUCACACAGCAGAGACAACUCGUCUCAGAUAUUUCGUAGAGUUGCUGCUUGAGAAAGGACAACCCCUAAUGCUAGUAGGAAAUGCCGGGGUGGGAAAGACAGCCUUUGUAAGCGACAUGCUGGCAAGUCUCUCUGAGGAUUACAUCAUGUCCCGUGUGCCUUUCAACUACUAUACGACGUCUGCAGCUCUGCAAAGAAUUCUUGAGAAACCUCUAGAGAAAAAAGCCGGCCGUAUCUAUGGUCCAGGAGGAAAUAAAAAGUUAGUUUAUUUCAUUGACGACAUGAAUAUGCCGGAAGUGGACUCCUACGGCACGGCGCAGCCCCACGCACUGAUUCGACAGCACAUCGAUUACGGACACUGGUAUGAUAGACAGAAGGUGAUGCUUAAAGAAAUCCACAACUGUCAGUAUGUUGCCUGCAUGAACCUGACGGUGGGCAGUUCCAUGAUCAAUCCUAGACUACAGAGACAUUUCACUGUGUUUGCGUUCAACUUUCCAUCCUUGGAUGCGCUACAAACCAUCUAUAGCCAAAUUCUUAACUUCCAUUUUCAGCAGCAAGCAUUUGGCCCAUCACUUCUCAGGAGUGGCCCCUCUUUGAUACAGGCAACAAUCACACUCCAUCAGAUGAUGACACAUAACUUUUUACCCACAGUUGUUAAAUUCCACUACCUCUUUAAUCUGAGAGACCUGUCAAACGUCUUCCAGGGCAUUUUAUUUGCUUCUCCCGAAUGUUUAAAAUGUCCAAAUGAUUUAAUCGGCCUGUGGCUUCAUGAGUCUUCUCGUGUUUAUGGAGACAAACUGGUAGACCCAAAGGAUUGUGAUUUGUUUCAGAAGAAAAUGCUGGAAACUGCUUGUAAAUAUUUUGAGGGUGUAGACAGUCACGUGCUGCUUCAGAAGCCCCUCAUCUAUUGCCACUUUGCUCAUGGCGGCCGAGAUCCAUGCUACCUGCCGGUGAGGGACUGGGAGGUGCUGAAGACCGUUCUCACGGAGGCCUUAGACAACUACAAUGAACUGAAUGCUGCCAUGCCCCUGGUCUUAUUUGAAGACGCCAUGCAGCACGUGUGUCGCAUCAGCCGAAUCCUUCGGACCCCUCAGGGCCACGCGCUCUUGAUUGGCGUGGGUGGCAGUGGCAAGCAGAGCUUGUCCCGGCUGGCAGCUUACAUCUGCAGCCUUGAGGUCUUCCAGAUCACUCUGACUGAAGGCUUUGGAAUCCAAGAACUUCAGGUAGAUCUUGCCAAUUUGUACAUCAGAACUGGAGCCAAGAACAUGCCCACUGUGUUCCUGCUGACAGAUGCCCAGGUUCUAGAUGAGAGCUUUCUCGUGCUGAUUAAUGACUUGCUGGCAUCAGGAGAAAUCCCGGAUCUGUUCAGUGAUGAAGAUGUAGACAACAUAAUUUUUGGAAUUCGUAAUGAAGUUCGUGGUCUAGGCAUGGUGGACUCCAGAGAAAAUUGUUGGAAAUUCUUUCUGGCCAGGGUGCAGCUACAGCUCAAAAUCAUUCUGUGUUUCUCUCCCGUUGGUCACACGCUGAGAGGAAGAGCUCGGAAGUUCCCAGCCCUAGUUAACUGCACGGCUAUUGACUGGUUUCAUGAGUGGCCGCAGGAGGCUCUGGUCUCAGUCAGCAGGAGGUUCAUUGAGGAAACCAAGGGAAUUGAGCCAUUGGACAAAGAUUCUAUUAGCCUCUUCAUGGCCCACGUUCACACUAGCGUGAAUGAAAUGAGUACCAGGUAUUACCAGAAUGAGAGAAGACACAACUAUACCACCCCAAAGAGUUUUCUAGAACAAAUAUCACUGUUUAAGAGUCUGUUGAAGAAGAAACGAAAAGAGGUAUCCCAGAAGAAAGAGCACUUGGUGAAUGGCAUCCAAAAGCUAAAAACCACAGCCUCUCAGGUGGCGGAUCUGAAAGCCAGACUGGCCUCUCAAGAAGCUGAGCUGCAACUGAGAAAUCAUGAUGCCGAGGCUCUGAUCACAAAGAUUGGGCUCCAGACGGAAAAAGUGAGCCGGGAAAAGGCCAUUGCCGAUGCUGAGGAGCGAAAGGUGACAGCCAUUCAGACCGAAGUGUCCCAGAAACAGAGAGAGUGUGAGGUGGACGUACUAAAGGCUGAACCUGCGCUCGUGGCCGCAACAGCUGCACUCAACACACUCAACAGGGUCAACCUCACUGAGCUGAAAGCCUUUCCCAACCCGCCGAAUGCAGUUACCAACGUUACCGCGGCCGUGAUGGUCCUCCUGGCUCCCCGGGGCAGAGUGCCUAAAGAUCGAAGUUGGAAAGCAGCUAAAGUCUUCAUGGGAAAGGUUGAUGAUUUUUUGCAAGCGUUAAUUAACUAUGACAAAGAGCACAUUCCAGAGAACUGUUUGAAAGUAGUAAAUGAGCAGUAUUUGAAAGACCCAGAGUUCAAUCCAAGCCUGAUUCGGACCAAAUCCUUUGCAGCAGCUGGUCUGUGUGCCUGGGUCAUCAACAUCGUGAAGUUCUAUGAGGUCUACUGUGACGUGGAACCCAAACGGCAAGCGUUAGCCCAAGCCAACUUCGAACUGGCUGCAGCUACUGAAAAACUUGAGGCUAUCAGGAAAAAGCUUGAGGAUUUGGAUCGAAAUCUGAGCAGACUCACAGCUUCAUUUGAAAAAGCAAUAGCCAAGAAAGUCCAGUGUCAAGAGGAGGUAAACCAAACCAACAAAACUAUUGAACUAGCCAAUCGGCUUGUCAAGGAACUUGAGUCAGAGAAGAUUCGCUGGGGUCAGUCGAUUAAAUCAUUCGAAGCUCAAGAGAAGACCGUCUGUGGAGAUGUUCUCCUUACCGCAGCCUUUGUGUCUUAUGUCGGAUCCUUUACAAAACCGUAUCGCCAGGAACUGGUAGACUGCAAGUGGGUUCCCUUUCUCCAGCACAAGGUAAGCUCCCUCCCUUCCCUUGGCAACAUUUGGAAACACCAUCUUGGAAUCGCAGUAGAAAAAACAGUAGGUAUACCCGGCUCUUUUUGUUCUUCUUUUGAAUUCAUACCAUUUUCCAAAAUUGAUAAAUUUAAUGAAAUCACAUUUUGCCUAUACAUCAGGAUUGGAGACAAAGAAUGUGAAUUUAACAAGAACUUUCGCCUUAUCCUUCACACAAAGCUGGCAAAUCCUCACUAUAAGCCGGAAUUGCAAGCUCAGACAACCCUCCUCAAUUUCACGGUCACAGAAGAUGGUCUAGAAGCCCAGCUCCUGGCAGAGGUGGUCAGUAUCGAAAGGCCAGAUCUGGAGAAACUUAAGUUGGUUUUGACAAAGCACCAAAAUGACUUUAAGAUCGAGCUGAAGUAUCUGGAGGACGACCUCCUUCUACGCCUUUCUGCAGCAGAGGGGAGCUUUCUAGAUGACACCGAGCUGGUGGAGAGACUAGAGAUGACAAAAGCAACCGCAGCAGAGAUAGAGCGCAAGGUGAUUGAAGCUAAAGAAAAUGAAAGAAAAAUCAAUGAGGCCCGAGAAUGUUACAGACCAGUGGCAGCGAGAGCAUCUCUUCUUUAUUUUCUUAUUAAUGACUUCAGAAAAAUUAACCCCAUCUAUCAAUUCUCUUUGAAGGCUUUCAACAUGCUGUUCCUCAGAGCAAUUGAGCAGGCUGACACCGUAGAGGACGUGCAGGGCCGUGUCUCAGUCCUGAUGGAGAACAUCACCUACGCUGUCUUUCUCUAUACCAGCCGCGCCCUGUUUGAAGGGGACAAGCUCACCUUCCUGUCCCAGAUGGCUUUUCAGAUUUUGUUGAGAAAGAAAGAGAUAGACCCUCUUGAAUUGGAUUUCCUGCUUCGAUUCACAGUUGAACACACUUACCCGAGUCCUGUCGACUUCCUCACUACUCAGUCAUGGAGUGCUCUCAAGGCAGUAGCCCUCCUAGAAGAAUUUCGAGGCCUAGACCGAGAUGUGGAAGGAUCGGCCAAGCAGUGGAGGAGGUGGGCAGAAUCCGAGUGCCCAGAGAGAGAGAAGUUGCCACAAGAAUGGAAGAAGAAAAGUGUGAUACAGAAGCUGAUUAUUUUGAGAGCAGUGCGGCCGGACAGAAUGACAUACGCUCUCAGGAAUUUUGUGGAGGAAAAACUCGGUGCCAAAUACGUGGAGAGGACCAGAGUGGAUUUAGUUAAAGCAUUUGAAGAAAGCAGCCCGGCCACGCCCAUCUUCUUCAUCCUGUCUCCAGGGGUGGACGCCCUUAAAGACCUGGAGAUCCUUGGCAAAAGACUGGGGUUUACGAUUGACUCGGGAAAAUUCCACAACGUGUCCUUAGGACAAGGUCAGGAGGCAGUGGCAGAAAAGGCCCUGGAGAAAGCUUCCGAAGGAGGACACUGGGUCAUCCUCCAAAAUGUCCAUUUGGUAGCCAAGUGGCUAGGAACCUUGGAGAAACUCCUUGAAAAAUUCAGCCAAGGAGGCCACAGAGAUUACCGGGUUUUCAUGAGUGCCGAAUCUGCACCUACACCACAUGAGCACAUCAUCCCUCAAGGACUCCUGGAAAAUUCCAUUAAAAUUACUAAUGAACCGCCCAUGGGAAUGCUGGCCAAUUUGCAUGCCGCCCUCUACAACUUUGAUCAGGAUACCCUUGAGGUGUGCUCCAAGGAGCAGGAGUUUAAAAGCAUCCUCUUUUCUCUCUGCUACUUCCACGCUUGUGUGGCCGGAAGACUGAGGUUUGGCCCCCGAGGCUGGAGCCGUAGCUACCCCUUCAGUCCUGGAGACCUCACCAUUUGCGCCAACGUCCUCUACAACUACUUAGAGGCAAACCCUCACGUCCCAUGGGAAGACCUCCGUUACCUCUUUGGUGAGAUCAUGUAUGGAGGCCACAUCACCGAUGACUGGGAUCGUAAACUGUGUCGGGCGUAUUUGGAAGAAUUCAUGAAUCCAUCCCUGAUUGAAGAUGAACUCAUGCUGGCACCGGGAUUUGCAGCCCCACCUGAUCUGGAUUACUCGGGCUACCAUCAGUACAUAGAGGAGAAGCUUCCUCCAGAAAGCCCAGCACUGUAUGGCCUCCACCCAAAUGCUGAAAUAGAAUUCCUGACGGUGAUGUCCAACGCGCUCUUCAGAACGUUGCUGGAGCUGCAGCCCAAGAACGCACUGAUCCGCGAGGAGCUGGGGCAGUCCGCAGAAGAGAAGGUUAAGAAUGUCUUGGACGACAUUUUGGAGAAACUUCCAGAAGAGUUCAACAUGGUGGAGAUAAUGCAAAAAAGCUCAAACAGAAGCCCCUAUGUUCUUGUUUGCUUCCAAGAGUGUGAAAGGAUGAAUAUUCUCCUUCGGGAAAUCCGUGUGUCACUUCAACGGUUAGACCUUGGUCUCAAGGGGGAGCUGACGUUGUCUCCUGAGAUGGAAGCCCAGCAGUCCCAGCUGAGUUAUGACACAGUCCCAGACACUUGGAGCAGACUGGCGUAUCCAUCUACGUACGGCCUGGCCCAGUGGUUUGAUGACCUCCUUUUGCGAUGCCGGGAACUCGAAACCUGGACCCACGACCUUGCCCUCCCGGCUGUGGUGUGGCUGGCUGGCUUCUUCAACCCUCAGUCCUUCUUAACUGCAAUCAUGCAGACCAUGGCUCGAAGAAAUGGGUGGCCACUGGAUAAAAUGUGCCUGACUGUUGAUGUCACGAAAAAAACGAAGGAAGAUUACGGCCAUCCUCCACGGGAAGGUGCCUAUCUCCACGGGCUUGUCAUGGAAGGUGCCAGAUGGGACACACAGUCAGGAACCAUUGCAGAAGCCUGCCUCAGGGAGGUCACGUCGGUGAUGCCAGUCAUCUUCGCCAGAGCCAUCCCCACGGACAGACAAGAAACCAAACACACGUACGAAUGCCCCGUGUAUAAAACCAAAAUGAGGGGCUCUAACUACGUGUGGACCUUCCGGCUGAAGAGCCAAGACCAGACGGCCAAGUGGGUCCUGGCAGGUGUGGCUUUGCUGCUUGAAGCAUGAAAACGGGACACAGCCAGGACAACACAGUAAGGCU